CGUUCAUAACAGUUAACACUAUUUUUCGGUAUAAUUCCAGUUAAAAGAUAACUAUUAUUUUAACGUUAUAAAAUAAUUCCUUGUUCUAAUUUGUUAUCAUGAUACGUUCCAAACUAUUGUCCAAAUCUUUAAGCAUAAUAUAUCCCUCUAAUGUGAGUGCAAAGGAAGUACAUAAUGGCAGAUUAAAUGGGAAGGUAGCAAUAGUAACAGCUUCAACUGAUGGCAUUGGUUAUGCUAUUGCUAAGAAACUAGGGAAUGAAGGAGCAGCUGUAAUUGUUAGCAGUAGAAAAGAAGAGAAUGUAAGAAAUGCUGUCAAGAGUUUGCGUGAUGAGGGUAUCACUGCUGAAGGAGUUGUGUGUCAUGUAGCCAAUAAAGAGCAUAGGCAAAAGUUAUUUGAAAUUGCUAACAGUAAAUAUGGUGGUCUUGAUAUUCUGAUAUCAAAUGCUGCAGUGAAUCCAACUGUUGCACCAAUUCUAGAGACACCUGAAGACGCGUGGGAUAAAAUAUUUGAUACCAACGUGAAAUGUGCAUGGUUAUUGGCUAAGGAAGCGUACCCAGAACUGAUUAAAAGAGGUGGUGGAAGUAUUGUAUUCAUUGCGUCAAUUGCUGGUUAUCAACCUAUGUUUCCUUUAGGUGCCUACAGCGUAAGCAAAACAACAUUGCUGGGAUUAACGAAAUCAAUCGCUAGUGAAGUCGUCCAUGACAACAUUAGAGUUAACUGUGUUGCUCCUGGAAUUGUAGCUACGAAAUUUGCCUCUGCGAUCACGAGCUCGGAAGCAGCCGCAGAGAAAAGUUUGUCUAUAGUACCGAUGAAUAGAUUUGGGAAACCGUCAGAAAUAGCAAACGCUGUAGCUUUCUUGUCAUCUGACGAGGCCAGUUACAUUACAGGGGAAACUAUAGUUGUAGCAGGCGGAGCAGUUGCUCAUUUGUAAAUCGAUAUUGUUCACUACUCAAAUAUUGAAGUUAUGACGGAUCUAAUGCACUAAUUUUAUUACUGAACUAUGGACCCCAUUACCUGAAUAGUUGUGGCCUGCGCCUUUCACCUGUUGUUUUUUUAUAUAACUACUUUUUUUUUGCACAAAAUUAUACGCGA